AUGGAUAUCGAUGAUAUCCUCCGAGAGGUUGAUCCCGCCUCUCACGGCAUCCCGCUCGAGACUCGAGACUUGCAGGCCUUGACGCGCCUUUGGGUCGCCGAGAGAUCAGCGCCGGAGCUGCUCAAUUGGCCUGCUGAUGGCCUGUUUGAGCGAGUCAACUCCAAGAUCAAAUCUCAGAUUGAAAAGAUUGAGGACAUGACCGGCGACAUGGAUCCCAAGACCAACUUUGCUCUCAUUGUCAUCCAGACUGAGCUUGAACGAUACAAGUUUUUAAUUGACAAACACACUCUCCACUACCUCUCAACCGAAGAAUUAAGACUGCGCCUCUCUCCCACCGAACUCGCCUACGCAACGAGACAUCAAGCCCUUCUUCAUAAUCACUACCUCUCGUCCUUCCUCUCGUCUUUUCCCCAGCGUCUUCAGAACCUCAACGACACGGCUGGCAAUGUCAGCAUGAUUGAUUCCCCUGACCUGGACACGGCAGUCUUCGUUCGUCUUUUACGUGAUAAAGAUGUUUUUGGCAGGGGAACGGAUGUCGAUACCAUUCUCCCGGCGGCAAAUGGGGAUGUACUCAUCAUGAGGUGGUCAAGCGCCAAAGGUCUUGUCGAGGAUGGCGAUGCGGAGCUUGUUUGA